CGGAAGUAAAGGAGUUUCUGUCACUUUUGCCGCCGAUCCUGACGCGCAAAUAAGAUCUGGGUCUCCGUCGGACGAGGACGUGAAGGAAACUAACGUUGCAUAUAAAGCGACGAGGCUACUGAGAACCUGGCAGUCAGGCAUCAGGCAAGGGGCGGGGCACCGGUCUUCUCCUCGCUCUCACUCUGUUUCUGUUUCUCUCUCUCCUUCUGGCAUGCAAUUUUUUUCACUGCUAUUGGCUCUUCUAUACUUACCCAACUUCUGAUUCUUCUGCUACAUAGAGAGUUGACUCCAUCAUGGCAACACUGAAAAGACUACGAGUUUGCAGAUACAUGAGCCUGGCCUCGACCUUAGCGAGGCCGACGGCGACAAGGGUUCCCGCGAGCAGCACCUUGAGCAGGCAGACAGGGGUCAUGGCGAGGGGCGUGGCAGGGGGCGUGGCUGAGGAGAGGAACGAGACGAUCAAAUGGCUCUGGGAAGCGGAUGCCAGCGAGGUUAUGCUUGCUGUGGGACACGCUCAUGGGUGCAGGCGGGUGCUGCCUUGCUACACUCUGAACACGCUGGCGCCUCUGCGUCCUGAGCAAGUGGAGGAGGCGCUGCGCCAUCUGCAGAGACAGACUCAAGCUCUUCGUGUCUUCAUGAAAAUCAGAAAUGGAAAAUUCUGGAUCUGUGAAAGCGACCAAGACGAAAUUAGUUUCAAGGUGUUGGAGGGAGGAGACCCCGUGCAGGCGAUGUGGCGCUACACCAACACGCCCGUCGGCUAUGACCAAGCCCCCCUGUGGCAGGGCGUCUUCAUGCCAGGUAACGGCAGUGACGCCAGGGCUGCUAGCGGGCCUUCCCACCUGAAGGAGGUCCGGGAGAGGUUUCCUCACCAGAGCUACCUCGCCAUGCCCAUCCACCACGCCUUCAUCGGUGGUCCGACGAUGCCCUUGAUCACCCAGAGGCUCGUGGAGCUGCUCAACGCCGUCAUCGCAGGCCGCCCCAUCGACGACUCACGGCAGGUCGGAGAGCUGGUGCCGUCGACGGAGAUCGACGCGGCGAAGCGAAGGAUCCGCGAGGAGUUCGAGAGGGACCCGGCGCGUCUGGAGGCCAUGAAGGAGGAGAUGCUGGCCUGCGACUCUGAGCCGGUCCUGCUGAAGGCGUUUCCGAGGCCUGGGGGCGCGCCCUCCUCCGGCCACGUCUUCAGGGACGUCAGCCCGGCGCUCCUUCAGAAGUUCACCGCCAAGUGCAAGUCCGAGGGCGUGACGUUCAACAGCGGGCUGCAGGGGGCCAUCAACACGGCUCUGGUGGAGACUGUGGCGGAGGCCGGCCUGCAGCAGGACGCCUUCAGCCUCAGCAUCAACCUCGCCACCGACGUCCGCCGUUACAUGAGCAGGAACCCCCUGGAGGUGCUGGGCCUGCACGUGCGUCCGACUGUACACCGCGUGGCCACACCCGCACGCGUGCGCGACCACUUCUGGCACUAUUGCAGGGCCUUGCACGCCCUGCGGCCAAUUCGCUCCGGCUUGGCGCUGCAGCAGGAGGUGGUGCGUGAGAUGACUCAGCCGCCCGGUGACCCACACCGAUACUACAUGACACCCCCGCCUGUGCUCAGGGACUUCGGCCUUGCCAGCGUGGGCGAUCUGACCACACUUAUCAGGGGGGAGGGCGACCACCUCCAGCUGACGGACAUCCUCAUGGCUUCAUCUGCUCACCGCUUCCUGUACAUGAUGCUGCAUCAGAUCUACACAUUCCGCGGUCACUGUCCUUACUCCGUCAGCUAUGACACGUCCUACAUGACUCACGAGACGGCCACCUUGAUUGCAGACAAAGUGUUAGCGACAAUCGCGGACAUUUGCAAAUAACAUUCUCUCUCUCUCUUUCCUUCACUGGCCUGUUGUUUCAGUGUUAACUUAUUUAUGACGAACGGUGGCGUAACUGACGACACCGAGAUAUACGUUUUCCCAGUUAAGAGGUAUAAUUU